AUGCCAGUCAAGGCAAAGCGGAAGUUGCUGAGGGGCGGUGGGCGCCGCCUGUCCCAAGAUUCCGACGAUGAGACGCUGGAGGAGAGAUUCAACGCCGCAUCGCCUUCUGCAACAACGGCGGACAGCAUCGAUUCGGACGCCCCUUCCAUGAAGCGCGCCGCCACCGCCCGCCACAAAGUGAGAUUUUCGCCUCGUUUGAUGUCUGCGAAGUUCUUGGAGAGUUUCAUAACCCAUUUCAGCCCCGAGGAGCUUGCGGCGAAACGCACCGUCGAAACCAUAUACAAGAGCAGCAGCUCGUUUUCGUACACCUACCACAGCCUGCAGCAAAGCUUGUUUUCGGGUAAAUUCGACUCAGCUGCGUUGCUUUCGUUCUUCAAAGCGCUCUCCGUGGUUGCGGACGAGCAAGUGUUGCGUUCGCUGCUGUCGAGUAACACUGCGCGUGCCAACGUUGAUAAAGCCAAGCCAUCGCCAGUGGCAUCCUCAACCCUGCGCAACUAUGAGGUGCUGCUGGUAGGCGCUGUAAAGAAGCUACAGGAGGUACUGGUGGUUGACCAUAGCGCCACUGGGUGGCGCAUGUUGAUGUCGUGUCUGAGGUGCCUGGUGCUGGAUGGGCUUUUGCCGGAGAUGCGCUCCCUUUUCAAGAUGCUGUUCGGCGAUUCCGAAUUAGGCUACGAAAAGUUGCGGAAGUAUCUGGAGCAGUUGAAGGGCAUGGUGAAAUCGUUGGAUUUCGACAUUCCCCCUGCUACCGACAAGGCGAAACGCAGAUGCGUGGUGGACGGCAACCCCAACGUCGCGGAGUGCCUCGGUGUGGUGGACCAAAUCGCGGAGAUUUUGUCAUAUCUAAGGGGCGUUUUUCGUAAUGUGACUACUGCAGUGGCCAAUCGUCCUGAAUCUGAGGGCCUAGAGUCUUUGCUUCAGGCGGCUGAGUCGCAUUUGGUGGCCCCGCAAGGAAAGAGCGUGGACAGCGGUGCGCAUAGUUCUCCGUCCAACUCCCGCGCCGCCCAUGUGGAUGGGUCUGCUCAAGAGGCGGCAGGGGCCGCCUCCGAAGACGACGGCGUGAACGUGGACUUCAAGGUGGAGUGCCUGAGGCUGCUCCUGAGCGUCGAUUGCUGCUCCAGCCUCGGCGACGUGGACCUGCCUGACAGCGGUUUCAUUCGCGAGAAGUUCGAGCACAUCUGCACUGUGUUCGAUGAGAACCGCCGCCGUCAGCGUGAGCAACAGGCCGAGAUGGCGAAGAAGAGCAAGCUGAAACGUGACGCGGUGUCGUAUGUUCUUGCGCGUGUGGCGGAGUCGGAGAGCGCCAGUGCGCCGCCUGGCAUUCGCCACCCCUUCUACAUCCUCGGCAUACCGCCUUCACGGUGCUCGGAAGAAGUGUUGCGCAAGUGCGGGCGCAAGCUCAAGACGCUGCUUCACCCAGACACCGAGCACGAUGCCGAGUGGAAGGCCAUGGCGGAGCGCGCCUUCAAGGAGGCAUCGUUGGCCCUGGAGAAGUGCGCUGCGAUGGGUGGUGCCAUCCACAAUUCCGUGGGGUUGCGCAUGGGUACGCAGCCGCCGUUCGCUGCUUUCAUCGGGCUGGUAGCUGCAAGCAGCGGCGACGAGGAGCCCUCCAGCACCGCAGCUGCUGCUGCCCAAUCGUCUGCGAACGUUUUGGUGGCGCCAAGCCUGGUGUUGAUGCCGUCGUUCACCCUGAGCUGCAUGGACAGCAAGGCGGGUUCCAUUGCUGUGUCUUUGGACCCUUCAUUGUACUCGAUGAGCGGCUUUUCGAAGCUGGGCAAGAACAAACACCUGGUGGUGUACAUGCACCGCCCUAUGCACGGCGACGAGCCAUCUUCCUUCCGCGUCCACCCAACUUGUGUCUUCGAUGUGCGCCGCGUGGCAGUGCCCGAAUCCUCCCAUGGCAAGCAGAUCUGCGUGAAGAUGGAUGCUGUGCAACCCAUUGUUUUCGGCAGCGCUUGGCGUUAUUUCGUUGGCGUUCAGUUGGAGGGUGACCUCGGUUCGUCGUUGGUGACGUGGCGCGGCGUGUACGUCGAAUUGGCCACCAAGGGCCGCACGUCGUCUCAUGUUUGCAAGCUGCUAAACACGUACGUCGGCGCGCCGUUCGUGAACCAGUCCGCCCUUCGGAGCCACAUGGAGCGUUGCCGUGAGGGCGUGAAAGCGGACGCGGAGUUGUUCUUGCACGAAUGCGCAAGGUCGGCGCAGCGCUGGGCCGACGGCCAGUGA